ACAUCUGGAAGAGUCUAGUCUACAAUUCUAUACAUGUUUAUAAACCCCAACGUUCGAAAAACCCUCCAAAACUUCCAUGCUCCUCCCUCGACUCCCAAGCCAUCCAUUUCAACUCCGCAGUAGGCAACUCGCUUAAAAAAUACUGCUUCUCGUCUCUUAUGGAGUCGCAGCAAGAACAGCCAUCUCCGACACUUGAAGAUUGCUUGAAGUUAUUGAGAGGCGAUAGGGACGAGCAGCGCCUCGCUGGUCUACUUCUCGUCACCAAAUUUUGCAAAGGGGACGACCUCUCUUCUCUCCGUAGGAUUUACGAUGCCGUCGGUGUUCGUUUCCUUGAUCGCCUUCUUAGAACUGGAGCAGGAACAGUUGUUGGAAAUGCGGGCGACAAUCGUGAGGCAUAUUUGCAGCUGUCAAUUACUGUUCUUUCUGCAUUUUGCCGAGUCCCUGAUAUUGCUGCUUCUCAAGAUAUGGUUUCAAAGAUUUCUUUUAUUCUGGAAAUUUUAUCCAAAGAAUCUGUCUCAUCAGUUAUUGAAGAGUGUUACGAGUUUUUGUAUCUGGUAUCAUCUACUUCUGAUGAUGGGAUCCUGAAAUUUUAUGAAUCAGGGGGCAUAAAAGUCUUAGCUUCUCAUAUUUCUACCUUUUCAGAUGGUUCUCAUCAGAUGGAGCUUGCAUUGAAACUUGUGCAACUCCUAAUAUCUAAGCUGUCUCUGGAUACUGUUUUUCCUGGCAACCUUCAAGAGUUUUCUUUGAUUAUGGCCACAAUAUCAAGGCAAUUUUCUGUCUUGCAUGAUGCCAUCAAAUUUGAAGCGUUGCACCUAUUGUCGGCUAUUCUCUCCUCAAAGCAUUUGGCUCCACUUUAUGAUGCUCUUCAAGCAUUGCCAAACAAGAAUUGGCCAAAUUAUAUGCGUGAUGGCAUUGUGGCUAUUCUACAAAACCGUGUUGUGCCUACUGAAAAGCUUCAGGCACUAAUUUUGGCUGAGUCUUUGGUAUCCAUACUUGGGGAGAGGUGGUUGAUAGGCAGGACCAGCUUAGCAAAUUCAGAGGCGCCUCUGCCUGCUGAUAGGUGUUUGUUGCUUGUUCUAGAGCAAUCACGGGUUGAAGUUGCUGUUCUUCUGAAUGAGCUUGCCUAUUUGAAAUAUGAAGCUUCAAAGUCUUCUUCAUCACUUGAUGAGACAAUUCGUCUUAAGCAACAGAAUGUUGCUAUUUCCUUUUCCUUGGUAGAAAAGGUUAUUAAAUUAAUAUCAAACUUGGGUGAAAAUGAAGGUGACCUUAUUGCUGAUAGGGCUCUCAUGAAGGUGAUUGCUGGACUGAAUGAAACAGUUGGUAUAGUUUUAGAAUACUUACAAGAUGCAAAGGAGCAUGGCCAAAGGAAAGGAGAUGAUCUUCUUGCUUCAGUGCGUGUUAUUGGGAGCUAUCUUGCGGAAACACCCCUAGCAUGCAAAGAGAAGGUUGGAGAAUUAUUGGAGUAUAUGCUCUCCGUUGAAGGUGCAGAGGAGCCCAGCCCUUUCUACUCAGUAUGCUUUUUGCUUCCAUUGCUGUGUCAACUAACAAUGAAUGUCGAAGGAUGUAAAGCUGUGGUUUCAUCUGGAGGACACAAAGCUGCUAUUGAUUGCCUCAUAAAAUUGAUUGGACCAAAUUGUUACAUGGUCGAGGAUAGUAGUCGCAUCUUUUUGGCAUGUGACACGAUCCUUAAUCUUCUUUUGAAGAGAGAGCAACCACUAUUCCCUUUGGAUCAAUCAACUGUUAUUAAUCUCUUGAAGGCAUUGACGUCUUGGACAGAGGGCCUCGAUGACCCAUCUGUUAUAAUGAUGGCUUCAAGCAUUUGCUCACUGGUAUUGGACUUUACCUCAGAGGACGCUCUUCUGGGCAGCUCCAACUUCGAUGAAAACACUCUUAAUAGUCUUUCUCGGCUAAUUGCUAGGAGUCUGGCUUCUUGGAGACAGGAUAAAUCCAAUGAUGUCGAAGACAACAUGGAUCUUGUUGAGAUUGUUACCUCAGGAUAUUCUCGGUGGGCUUCUCAGUUCCCUUGUGUUAGAAACGCAGUUGAGAGAUAACUCUAGCAUGCCCAUCCCAAGCAAGCGAGCAUCGACAUUCGUUUUCUCAUGCAGGCAGCUAAGCCACGGAUUCUUUUGUAAGUAUAUCAAAUUGCAUGUUCUAUAGUUUAAAAAUGUUUUAAGGAACCUGAAUGGUAUAUUUCUGGGAUUAUUCAGAUGGACAAUGAGAAUGGGAAGAGAAUCAUUCUUGUGUUUCAACUACAUUACAUUGGCUGGAUGUAAUUAACAGAGCUCAUGCUUUCAGUUUUUAUAUUGGCUGGAUGCAGCCAAAUAUGAUCUCUCUUAGCUAUCCGUACGGUAGUAUUUAUAUUUUGUUUUUUGGAAAUUUAACUUAAUUUCGCCAAAAUGUUACAUUUUUAUGAACUAACAAUGUUUUUUUUUUCUUUCAAUUUUAAGUUUUAAUUUCGUCUGUUUUUCUUCUUUUG